AUGUUGGGCAUCACCAUCCUCACUGUGCUCCUGGCCUGUGCCUCCUGCGAGGACUCUGGCGGGGUCCCCAGCUACUCGUCCAACCUAUCAGCCCGGGUGGUGGGAGGAGAGACCGCCACGCCCCACAGCUGGCCCUGGCAGGUCUCCCUCCAAUACCGCUAUACUGGCGGGUGGUGGCACACCUGCGGUGGCACCUUGAUCAGCAGCAGACACGUUCUCACAGCGGCCCACUGCAUUAACGAAACCCGGACCUACCGCGUGGGCCUGGGGAAGCAGAACCUGGCAGUGGAUGACGAGGAAGGCUCCCUUUACGUGAGUGUGGACACCAUCUUUGUCCACGAGGACUGGGACUCCGAUCUGAUUCGGAAUGACAUUGCCCUCAUCAAGCUGGCAGACACCGUGGAAUUGAGCGACACCAUCAAGGUGGCAAGCCUGCCAGAGGAGGGCACCGUGCUGUCUCAGAACUACCCCUGCUACGUCACUGGCUGGGGCCGCCUCUCGACCGGCGGCCCCCUUCCCGACGAGCUGCAGCAGGGCCUGCAGCCUAUAGUGGUUUACGCCACAUGCUCCCGGCCGGACUGGUGGAGUUACGUGGUGACGGACAAGAUGGUGUGCGCCGGGGGUGAUGGCAUCAUCUCAUCCUGCAACGGGGACUCGGGCGGCCCGCUGAACUGCCCGGCUGACAACGGGUCCUGGAAGGUGCACGGCAUCGUCAGCUUUGGCUCCAGCCGGGGCUGCAACACUUACAAGAAGCCCGCUGUCUACACCCGGGUGUCUGCCUACAUUGACUGGAUCAACGAGGGAUUCUCAGGAAAGACUAUUUACUCAACAAGCGACGGGGCCUACAAGCAGCCCGGCACCAGCUCAGUCCUGGGCAUCCGGGACAGUUCAGACAAGACCCCCGCUCUCCAGGAGACGGACCAAUGGACAGAUCCUUGA